UGCUAAACAAAAAUUUAUCGUUAAAAAAACGAAAAAAAUGGCAGCGUAUUCACCAACGGAACGUAAAACUGAGCGAAGUUACAUUAUGGAAGGUAGACAAAUGUAUUCAGAAGAUCAGGCUAGUAGUAUUGAAUCAAAUGAACAUGCUUUUGACGAUAUGAAGCAAUUAAUAGGGGAAUCCGAUGAAAAGUUGAAUACGUUACCAAUGGCGAGUUUUAAUUUUAUUAAUUCGAUUAUUGGAAGCGGUGUUAUUGGUAUACCGUAUGCCUUACAUGAAGCAGGAUUUGGAUUAGGAAUUAUUUUAUUAACAUUUGUUGCAUACGUUACCGAUUAUUCGUUGAUAUUAAUGGUACGAUCUGGCCAUUUAUGUGGACAAUAUUCAUAUCAAGGUAUUAUGGAAUCCGCAUUCGGACGUACCGGUUACUUUCUUUUGGGAAUUUUACAAUUUAUGUAUCCAUUAAUCGCUAUGGUUUCAUAUAACGUGGUUGUAGGUGAUACAAUUACAAAAGUAUUAGUUCGUGUGUUCGACAGUGGCCCCGAUUCGUUAUUUGCAAAACGAGCAUUUAUUGUAUUUAUUGCAACACUGUUUAUAACAGUUCCAUUAUGUUUGUAUCGUGAUAUUGCAAAAUUAGCAAGAAUAUCAUUUUUAAGUUUGCUAUGUGUUGCCUUCAUAUUGUUAGCGAUUUUUAUACGUAUGGGUAGUAUGAGCGAAAUUGUACCAACACAUGAAAAUGCAUGGCGAUUUGCAAAUUGGGAUAUUAUUCCAUCGAUUGGAAUAAUGGCAUUCGCUUUUAUGUGUCAUCACAAUACAUUCUUAAUUUACACCUCAAUUGAGAACGCAAGCCAAGAAAAAUGGGAUAAAGUAACACAUGCCAGUAUUAUUACCAGUUUUUUGGUUGCCUGUUUAUUUGGUGUUGCUGGUUAUGCAACUUUCACAGCAUAUUCUCAAGGUGAUUUGUUAGAAAAUUAUUGUUGGGAUGAUGAUUUAAUGAAUUUUAGUCGAAUUUUAUUCAGCGGUACAAUUUUAUUGACUUAUCCAAUUGAAUGUUUCGUAACACGUGAAGUAAUUGAGCACACAUUUUUCCAAAAUGAUCCAAAUAUUCCAAUAUCCGUAAAUCGUCAUUAUGCGGUCACGUUAAUUAUAAUUGCGGUAACAUAUACGAUUAGCAUGACUACGGAUUGUUUGGGAGUUGUUUUGGAACUAAACGGUGUGUUGGCAGCGGUUCCAUUAGCAUACGUAUUACCAGCAAUGACAUAUUUAAAAUUAGAAGAAGGUUUUAUAUUAUCCAGAAGAAAAUUACCAGCAUUAGGUUUAUUAAUUUUUGGAUCAACCGUUGCAAUAUUAGGUGUACUAUUUUUAAUAUUAGACUUUGAUCAAGUUGAUACCUGUUCACAUGGUAAAGUUAUGUCAUAUUGUCAACCAAAUUCAACGAUUAGUAUAAUAAAUACAACAACGCUUUUACCUCCCACCGUUUAAUAGAGUGGGAGGGGGGUAGUGAACUUUAGAACACCAAAGAACUAGUUCAAUAUUUCUUUUGUUCAAUUCGAAAUUAAUCGUUAAGUUUACUAAAUCGAUUGGAAUCCUCAUUUUCAUCAUAUUAUUUUUUGGAUUGGAUUGUUUCCAAGAAACAGUGGUGGAUCCAAGUGGUGGGCAGUUUUUACAAUUACACUCCCCUCCAAUGGAAUACAAAAUUUAAUCUGACGAUGAAUGAUAAACGAUUUCUAGACAGUAGAAUGUAAUUAGAGUUUCCACCCGAUCAGAUUUAAUCGGGAGACUUCCGAAAUCGUGUGGUCUCUCCCGACUCCCGAUAUCAACGUAAAGCCUCCCGAAUUCAGUAAAAAAAAAAGAUAUUUUCUCAAAUUCAGGUGAAUUCGACAAUUAUGAGCAGCAUAUCCCGACUUUCUGGUUUAUCUCCCGAUAUUCCAGAACUUGGAGGUGGCAACUCUAACUGUGAUAGAGAAGGCACUCACAUUGGGAAUCCCCUUUUUUAUCCACCAGUGAGAUGAAAAGAAAGCAAGUUGGAAAUCUCAAUUCUCCAGUUUUUAAACCAGAGACUACGA